AUGGAUAAUUAUUCAUCAUGUGUAACGGAACAUUUUGGCAUCAAUGUAGCUGAUUGUGAUAUGAUUGUGGGCUCUCUAGAGCAUGCACUUUCAAGUACUGGUGGUUUUUGCGCUGGACGAACAUUUGUGGUCUAUCAUCAACGUUUAUGCGGUUUGGGUUACUGUUUCUCAGCAUCAUUGCCUCCUCUGCUAGCAGUCGCUGCAAAUAAAGGCCUUGACAUUAUCAGCAAUGAUCCAGAGCGUCUAGUACGUCUUCGUCAAAACUCUAAAAUAGUCAGUGUUGGAUUAAAAGAAGCUUUUGAAGGUACAUGCUUUACGGUAAACGGUUAUACCCUGAGUCCCCUGCAGCAUGUCUAUUAUGAAGGAAAUAAUGCUGAUGAAAAAUUGAAUGCACUAGUGGAAAAGAUGCGUGAAAGAGGCUACUUGCUAGCUCGCGCUUUUUAUCAUCCAGCAGAAUCAUUUACUCCCAAAUCAAGUAUACGACUGUCGAUACAAUCGGAAAUGUCGCAUGAUGAACUAACGGCAUUCAUUGAGGCAGUAAAAGAAGAAGCUCAACAAGUUAAUACGCUUUAA